AUGUCACCUUGCUUUUCACAUGGACUGCGUUACACUAAAUUCUUUGGUACAAAUGGGGUUGCAGCUGCAAAGAUUGUGCAUGAUGCUAUUAUCGGAUGGCUCAAGAGUUACUUGGAGCUUCACAGAUACACUGAUUCGAAGGAAGGUUUCACUCUUCUUAUACCCUCUUGUUGGACUAAGGUGGAUGCGGCAACUGCUUUGUUUCAAGAUGCAAGUAUGGGGAGCAACAACAUUGGGGUUGUCGUGAACCCAGUUCGUCUUGCAAAUCUUGGAGACUUCGGGAUCCCCGAGUUUGUAGCUGAUAAGCAUUUACAAGCAGAAAGGCGUAAGGAAAGUACAAAGGAAGCUGAAUUAAUUGCAGCUUCAGAAAGAUCAGGGGAUGGAGGUUUGCAAAUUUAUGAAUUUGAAUACAUCAUUGAUAGUACUCGUGGAGGAAAGAAGAGGAUAUUGACCUCAAAGAAACUCUAUCUUCUUAACAUUGUUCAUUCUGAUAAACCAGAGAGUCCUCUUGAGCCACAUAAACAAAUUAUUUUAGAUCAAGUUCUCCAUUCCUUUAAUGCAGCAGCUUAA